GUUAUGUCUCUGAAACUGACGAAGGAUUCCUUCUUCUGACCAAUUGUUACACCGAGGACAGACGACACGGUACACUGCCCGAGUUGUCACCAUGCCAGAGCUAGCGUCAAGACUCGACAGCUCCUCGGGCGACGAGAGCGACGGGGACCGAGAGAGAGUGCGGUUCCACCCGGUGCUCUCGGCGGCCGAGCUCGAGGCGGAGCGCGAGCGGGAGAUGCAGCAGAGGCGGACGGCGAGUGAGCGCGAGCGGGCCCGCAUGAAGGACAUGAACCGCGCGUACGAGGCCCUCCGGACCAAGCUGUCCCAUCGGAGAGAACCAGGGAAAAAGUUGUCGAAGAUUCAGUGUCUCAAGUUCGCCAUUGAAUACAUCACGGAUUUAGAGGAAUCCUUGACUAUGUCCUACAACGAGAGAACGGCGACUGCAGACUACGUCUACUGGGCGAAAACUCGGGGAUACAUCUGGGCAAAGGAAAAGGCCGCGCAAAUGCCAAACGACGGGAACCGUCCACCUGUUUCAAGUCUGCCAUUCUCUGGAGUUUCUACCUCAAGACACAGCCAUAUCAACAACAGCAGCAGCAACAUAAACAACAACAACAACAACAACAACGCGCACAUGUGUAGCCCAACGCACCCACCGCCCGUACUCAGUCCUACAAGUCCCACCCAUAACACUACAGUACACGGGUUCGAAUCCCAGUGUUUGCAAGACUACAGUCCAACCAGUCUGUGGACACCAAGCACAGAAAACAGCCAGGAGUACGAUUUGGAGCUGGCGUUGGGUGAAUGGAACACGAAGCAGGGAAAUAGCGACAUGGACGCCUCUACUCGGUACCACCUAGAAAGAUACGACUCAUUUUUCGGCACCAGUACGGUUUGAAAUUCUUCAAUAUGAUGACAUAUUAACAUCGAUAUUAAAAUAGACUUAAGGUUAGGCUAUAUUAGCUACGCGACUGUUUGAUGGAACAUCACAACUAAUGUAUACUAGUGCCUACCAGACUCUGUAGAUAGCUGGAAUAGUAGAAAUAGACUUUUGCUAGAGGUGUUAGCCGGCCAGGGUUUGCUACAAACAUUAAGUUAUUCAACCUAUUUGGAAAAUUUCUACCUUUUCAAGCUAUCCGCGGAGUCUGUCAGAGUCUAGAUGUAUAUACAUGUAGAAUAGGCUUGUUUUGGACUUGAUUAUUUUUCACAUGUUGCAUAGAUAAUAGUUUGCCAUUGACGUUGUCAAAUCAUAAUCAUAUUGUUCUAAAGGGGCAUGAUAGAUUCAAUUUUUGCAUCGGCAGACUCAUAUUUUCUCAUGAAGAGUGUGCAAUCGUUCCGUGCAGUCGACAGCUGACCACUUGAAAACUAUUUAGUGUCUGAAACGACCUGGGACUUACAUGUAAUACAUGAUAAUAAAUGUCCAUGUUCUGUGCUAGAAGGCGACCUUUCUGACUGGCUACACUGUGCAAGAAAGAUCGUCGCGAAUUUCAUUCCCAUCCACCAAAACGGCGAUUGGGUAGAGGGUCAUAUCGUAAUACUAUUCCAAACUAGGUGUUCUACUGGCUUGUGAAAAAUAAUGCGUAAAACAUAGCAAACUGUACACAUGUAUUUGACCUGAUUGAAGUUUUUAUCAUUAUGUAUGGCUUUCCUUAGAAGAGGGUAACUUCUUGUAGCUUUUGACAGGUAGAAUGAAAUGGGAAUAUGAUUAACUUCGUAUUUCUGAAAAGAGGACAUAAUUAAAAGGUUUACCCCUUCUUCGCGAGCCCAGUAAACCUAUUUCUCCCGGACUAAAUAACUCCCUGACAAUGAUACACUUUGUGUGAAUUUCGGCCGGUCGGAGACUGAAUAUUCAAGAUGGCGGCGAACGCCAAAGGGAAGGUGAAAAUCUCUUCGUGCUGAGAUCAGAAACUCGGCGACAAAAACAAGAAAACACAGAAAGCCGGCUCGGGUUUAGACCCCUGCCUCGUCUCACUUUGCAAGAGACCACCAAGUCCGCCGCUCCUGAUAAUAAUCUCACUUGCUAAUUACUGGUAGUACAAGUUGUCGUUCACAGCGGGGAAAGAAUGAUCCCCGAGUGAGCGUCUGUGAGGGAGGGGGGUAUCGUCCAUAGCACUGGCUCUCUGGGCCUUUUAUUUAAUCUUUUUUGGCUCAUAAUACACUUUUGCUGACCGUUUCUUUUUGCACUGGGUCGCUUGUGCUGCCGGUCCGUAGACACGAGCGAACCAGUACAAAUAGAAAGCCACCAAACGUGUGAUUAUGACUCCAAAAGACUGAAAAAUGGCUGAACAACUUUAUCAGAAAUGCACUUUAAUAGCAGAGAGCUGAAUUUCGUACAAAUACGCGAGACUUGUGGAUUUAUAAAACAUAUCUUCAGACAAAUAUAGAGCUCAUGAUGGCAACAAAACAUAGUUUAUGACGUCGUUUGUGUAUAUAUAAUGUCUUUGCGUUGAGAUAAACAAAGAUGAUAAAACUUUGACACGGCCUUAUGUUUUCUGUACAUACUACGGCCAAGUAACGUUAAAUAAAUUAGAUGUAUUAGAGAUAGAUGAUAAAAAAUGUACAAUUUGUUUGCUGUAAAACGCACAUUUGAAGAAAAUGGGUUAUGAAACUUGAUAUGAAUAAAAUUUAAAAUUCUA